CUGUAAAUGGUUAAAUGAAAGCAUAAACAAAAUGGUCCUCACGUGGGAAAAAUGAAGAGAUGAAGUAGUGAUUAUUGUGGAUAUAUUCCUUCAUAUUUGACAAAAUCUAAACAACAUGUUGACAAAUAAAGUAUUUGUCAAGAAGACGAAGAAAGGUAGUGUGAUGAAAAUAGUCAGGGAGCACUAUCUCCGUGAUGACAUCACAUGUGGAUCUGAAAUUUGUAAAUCUUGUGAACAUUCUGAUGGCUCCCAAAUUCUGGUAUCGGAACCAUCACGUGACAGCAAACUGUGUCCGACACGCCACUACAUUGUACCCGAUACAAACGUUGUCUUGCAUCAGUUUGACGUUCUGGAAGAUAAAAGCAUUCAAAAUGCUAUAAUUCUUCAAACAGUCAUAGAAGAGGUCAAACAUAAGAGUAUUCCUGUCUACAAGAGGUUAAAAGAUCAGCUGGGAAACUCUGACAAGCAUUUCUACACAUUCUCCAAUGAAUACCACAGAGACACAUUUGUGGAGAGGAAGCCAGGCGAGUCUUCCAAUGACCGGAAUGACCGCGCUAUCCGCACAGCGUGCACCUGGUACCAGAAUCAUCUGCAGGGGGUCUCCCCCGCCAUCAACAUCGUGCUACUCACCAACGAUGUUGACAACAAGGUCAAGGCCACUAAAGAGGGGAUAACCUGCUAUGCUUUUGAAGACUAUGUAAAAAGUCUGAAAAAUGGAUCUGAACUUGUAGACAGACUGGCAAGCUCGGAUCGAUCCAUGGUCGGAGACAGCCGUGUGAUGUAUCCUGAGCACCUAGGGCUGUCCGAGAUCCAGCGCGGGAUCAAGUCCGGGAAGUAUCACCAGGGCAGCUUCCUGGCAAGCCGGGAAAACUACAAGGAGGCCAAUGUCAGCGCCCAUGACCAGGACAGGAUGAUCUUUGUGCAAGGUCUGCAGAACAUGAACCGUGCUGUCCAUGACGAUAUUGUCGCAGUAGAGAUGUUGCCAGAAGAGGAGUGGAGUUGUCCAUCAUCCCUGGUGCUGCAAGACGAGGCUGACAAGACUUUGGAAGAGGAGGACCUAGCAGAUGAAAAACUGGAGAAGAACAAAGUUCCAAAGGAUCUGCGACAGCCGACCGCGAGGAUUGUGGGUAUUAUCCAGAGAAAAUGGCGUCAGUACUGUGGGAUGCUGAGACCGUCACAGCUCAAGGAGAGUCGCCGCCACCUGUUUGUCCCUGCGGAGAAACGUAUUCCCAGGAUACGUAUAGAGACCCGUCAAGCUGAACAGCUAGCAGGUCAACGGAUCAUUGUUGCCAUUGACAACUGGCCCAAGAACUCCCGGUAUCCACAGGGCCACUUUGUGAGAAAGCUGGGUGCUGUGGGGGACAAGGAGACGGAGAACGAGGUGCUACUGCUCGAACAUGAUGUCCCACAUUCCAACUUCUCCGAGACUGUGCUCAGCUUCCUGCCCAAGGUGCCCUGGAGUAUCUCAGAGGAUGACAUGAAGCAUCGCCAGGACCUGCGUCACAUCACCGUGUGUAGCGUCGACCCUCCCGGCUGUACCGACAUUGACGAUGCUCUCCACUGUCGCAACCUGGACAACGGCAACCUGGAGGUUGGAGUACAUAUUGCUGAUGUGUCACAUUUUAUCCGUCCUGGCAAUGCACUGGACAAGGAGGCUGCUAACAGGGGAACCACGGUUUACCUCACUGACCGGAGAAUCGACAUGGUGCCAGAACUACUCAGUUCCAACCUGUGCUCCUUGAGGUGCAAUGUAGACAGGCUGGCCUUCUCUGUGCUGUGGGAGAUGACUCAAGAUGGGAACAUCCUGAACACCACCUUCACCAAGAGCGUCAUUGACUCAAAGGCUUCCCUGACAUAUGCCGAGGCCCAGAUGAAGAUAGAUGAUCCGACUUUGACGGAUGAACUUACAGUCAGUUUACGAGGCUUAAACAGACUUGCCAAAAUCUUGAAAAGACGAAGAAUUGAAAAUGGUGCACUGAGUUUAGCCUCCACAGAGAUCCGCUUCUAUGUGGACAGUGAAACCCACGACCCUAUAGAGGUGCAGACUAAGGAGCUCAGGGAGACCAACUCCAUGGUUGAGGAGUUCAUGUUGCUGGCUAACAUAUCUGUUGCGGAGAAGACCCUCCAGGAAUUCCCGGACUGUGCCAUGCUCCGACGCCAUCCUGCUCCUCCUCCUUCCAACUUCGAACCCGUCAUCAGAGCUGCCAAGUCCAAGGAUCUGGACCUUGUUGUGUCAUCGGGGAAGGAACUUGCAGACAGCCUGGACAAAGCUGUGUUUCCCGACCAGCCGUUCUUCAACACCAUGCUGCGCAUCAUGACCACACGCUGCAUGAUGCAGGCCGUCUACUUCAGCAGCGGGACGCUGCCAGUCGAGGAGUUCCAGCACUACGGCCUGGCUACCCCCAUCUACACCCACUUUACGUCUCCCAUCAGAAGGUAUUCCGACAUCAUCGUGCACCGGCUGCUGGCAGUGUGUAUUGGAGCAGAUGCUUCGUACCCAGCACUCCUUGAAAAGCACAAAACACAGUCCUUGUGUAACAACUUGAACUUCCGUCACAAGAUGGCGCAGUAUGCUGGCCGGGCUUCCGUCAACCUCCACACACAUUUGUUCUUCAAGAAGCGAGUUGAAGAUGAAGAUGGCUAUGUGUUAUUUGUCAGGAAGAAUGCGUUGCAGGUUCUUAUCCCAAAAUAUGGUCUUGAGGGGACACUCUUCCUCAAAUCAGAUGACAAUGAUGUCAUGUUUACAUUUAACGAGGAGGGGCAGACUCAGACUGGAGGAGGUCACACGUUCCAUGUGUUUGACAAGGUGGUGAUACAACUCAGCAUCGACCGAUCCAACGAACAACACAUGAAACUCAGCAUCAAGCUGGUCGAGCCUCCGAUCCAGGGCUUCAGUGUACCCCCAGCUGCCCCCAAGGGACCUGAUGAUUCAGAGCCACCCAGCAAGAAACACAAGUCCUAACCCAGGGGCAGGAAGUCCUUCAGUGUUGAAGUGUGAUGGAGCCUGCUUGUGGUUUCUGGAUACAGAAGGAACCACCUCACUCAUCUUGUUCAUGAUGGGAUGUGGCCAGGGUUCCAUUCCUCACAGCAAUGUAAGCACUACAACCAUCGUAAUUCUUUGAUGAAGUAUGGGAGUUACGACAGUCGUAGUGCUGAGAUCGCUCUGUGAGAUGGCCCUGGUUCCACUUAUAGAGCAACAAUUUCUAUACAGCUUUGAAGCAUAAAUAUAACAUACCUGAAGUACAAUCAGGUACUUUGUACUAUGUGACUUGGCAUCCUGACUUUGAAAAUACAUGUAUUCCUUCAUUAAACAAACAAAUUAGGCUAAAGAAUUACGUGUACUUUGAGCAGUGGCAGCAAUCAUAAGAAUGGGCUAGACGUGUAUUUGUUUUUAAUUUUCAAAAUGUUGGCUUCUACGAGGAAGAACUGGGUUUUUAUCCGAAGAAUUUAAAAGAUUUUUACCCUAUGGUAAUUUGUCAGCUGUAUUGGUGUUAUUGUUUAGAUAAAGAAUAUGGUGUAUAUUACAGAAAGUGCUUGUUACAGAGACCAAUUGUUAUGUUUUCUAUGAGGACCAGGAUGUGUACAGUUGCACUUCUUCAUCAUGCAGUAUGUUGGUACAUGUGCUCUCAGAACAGCAGUGUAAAUAAACAUUUACAAUGUCA